UGGUAAAAUGUCAUAGAUUUCAGCCACAGACACGUUCAUCAGCUACACUCACUGUUACUCGUCAUUAGAGCAGACAGUCGGUUCAUUGAGCUCACGAACACACUCAAGAACACACGCAUAUUCUUUUUUUAAACUCUCGCCCAGCCAUCUGCUUAACCAUUCACUGAAUCUUUUUUUUUGCUGUGCUCUGGCAGGUCUGAGAUGGGAGUUCAGAGGGUUCUCCAGGUGGAUCUGAAAAUGGAAAGCUUUCCGGAGCCGCUGGGUAGCCGCUGGAUGGCCUGGCAGGUGGAGUACCCGGCCAGUCGUGCCGCCACACAAGAGGCUGAGACGGAGAUCCAACUGGCACAGGAGGACCUUGCGGGCAUCGUGCCUCUGGCCAUGGACUCUGAGAUUUUGAACACUGCCGUGCUGACCGGGAAGACAGUGGCUGUCCCAGUAAAGGUGGUGACCAUUGGAAUAGACGCCUCUGUCACUGAUGUCUCCGAAGCAGUCAAGUGUCACUCGACAGACGAAGAUGUGGUCAAGGUGUCAGAGAGGUGCGACUAUGUUUUCGUGAACGGCAAGGAGAUGAAGGGCAAGGUGAAGAUGAUGGUGAACUUCACCUACGGGUACCUGGGCGCACAGCUGGAGCUCAACGUGUGGAUCCCCCGACUCCCCCUCCAGAUUGAGGUGUCAGACACGGAGCUGAGCCAGAUCAAAGGGUGGAGGGUACCCAUCAUGGCCGCCAGUCAGAGGACCACACGGGACAGCGAGGACGAGGAUGAUGAAGACAGGCGAGGACGAAGCUGCACCCUGCAGUACCAGCAUGCCAUUGUCAGAGUCCUGACCCAUUUUGUAGCUGAGUCAGCUGAUCCUCGUGGUCAGACCAGCUUCAUGCUGGGAACUGAUUGGCAGGUGGACAUCACAGAGCUGGUGUGGGACUUCCUGAAGGUAGAGGACCCCCAGAUUGCACGGCUCCUGGACAGGAGGAUACUGGUGGGACUUGACAUGGGGAUGACCACUAUCCAGGUGUUGUCUCCGUUGUCAGACUCAAUCCUGGCAGAGAAGACUAUCACAGUGGUGGAUGACAAAGUGACCAUCACAGAGUUGGGGGUCCAGCUGGUGACGGGCCUCUCUAUGAGCCUGCAGCUCAGUCCCGGAAGCAACAGAGCCAUCCUGGCUACCACCACCACGCAGGAGAUUCUGCAGAGCCCCAAACAGGAGGCCUUGAUCAGCGCCUGGCUACAGUUCAGCGACGGCUCUGUGGCUCCUCUAGACCUGUAUAAUCCCGACUUUUUUGUCCUGACGGCCAUCUCCCUAGAUGAGGAAAUAGUAACAGUGCAGCAGAACCCCUCGUGGAAAUGGCCUGUCAUUGUGACGGAGGCAGAGGGCCAAGGCCUGCUGGUCAGGGUGGAAAUGACUGUUUGCGAGGUCUGCCAGAAGUUCAAGCGCCGCAGCAUCCUGGCGGCGGGGAACUGUAACGUCAGGGUGAAGUUUGGUCACGGUGACAGCUCAAGGGGAGGGAUCAGCGACUACGGCCCCGAUGGAGACGAUAUGGAGAACAAAGGCAGGCUCUCCCCCUCCCAGGACAGGACCGGCCCGGACACCCACUACUAUGGCAGCUCCAUCUCUGACAUGGAGGACGGGGUGUUAAGGAGAGCCACCACAACUAGAAGCGCAAUAAUGCGCAGACCCAAUGGGGAUAAACUCUCCAAUGACGGUAAUCAGAACAUGCCGGUUGACUUUGCUGACUUCCCCGCACAAGUGGACCUCCCCCGUGGCCGCAACAUGGACGACGACCUCAUUCAGACAGCUCGCGGGCUCACUGACCUGGAGAUCGGCAUGUACGCCCUGCUGGGGGUCUUCUGUCUUGCCAUCCUCGUCUUUCUCAUCAACUGCAUCUCCUAUACCCUGAAAUACCGCCACAAGGAGCUCUCGAUCGAGGGCCAGGAAAACCUGAACCACGCCCACGAUUGGGUGUGGCUGGGGAACGAGGCGGAGCUGCUGGAGAGCCAAAUCAGCCUGUCGCCGCAGCAGGAGGAACAGACCUCCAUGAUGGACUCGAGCAGCGGGCUCGAGGAAGGCAGCCACUUGCUGAACGGAGGCUCGGCCCAGAAGAACGUGCAGGGCCAAGUGCACCGGGCGGCAGACACAGGGUGCAUAGCCAAGGACAGCAAAGGAGACUCCCCCACCACCAAGAGGAAGCGGGUCAAGUUUACCACGUUCACCACCAUCCCCUCGGACAGUAGCUACCCCACUGUUAACACACUGACGGGAAGCCGCAGCCAGGACAUUAAGUGGGUGUGCCAAGACGUGGAGCUGGGAGACUCCAAGGAGCUGCGCAAUUACAUGGAAAGGUUAAAUGACAGUGCUUUAAAAGAGGUGGCAUAAUGUACUGUGUGCCCUUGUAACAAACUCACCCUUAUGCCUUUCAGAGGAAAGUGGGUCUGGACAGAAAACCGGGCCUGGAAAUUGACUUUAGAAUCACCCCAAACUGCCAAAGGGUCAUUAAAGGAAAGAGGAUUGUCAUGAUUCCACAAGUGACUGAUGAUGUAUUACUCAUGAAAGACAUGUCAAUAACUGAGGACGGCAGGUGGUUCUUUUUUUUUUUUCAUUUGUUAAUCAGAUGAUUGCCUUUUUAUCAUCAUUUUAUUAGUGCAGGGUUUAGAUAGAAUGAACCUGGGACUGAUCUGCAGCGACUAUGUGUAACGUGUAGAUUUUAAAAGGAACAGUAACACGACUAGAUAGAUGUUCUGAAUGUGAGUGUACAUUAAAUGGUUUUGGGAAGUUUUGUAACAUUUUGGAUAUUAAUUUCUUACGCCAUAUCCUUAUUCUGUGGAAGAGUUCUG